AUGGCUCCUCGCAUCGAAGCGCAAGAGAUCGAGACGUACUGGAACAUCUUCUCCGCCCGGACAGGCGGGGGCCAGUUCCUGACGGGCGAGCAGGCCGCGCCGGUGCUCAAGAACAGUGGCCUGACGGACAACCAGCUCGAGCGGGUGUGGGACCUUGCCGACGUCGACAACGAUGGCAACCUCGACUUUGAGGAGUUUUGCGUUGCGAUGAGGGUCAUCUUUGAUAUCUUGAAUGGGGAAUACUCAGACGUGCCCACGACACUCCCCGACUGGCUGGUGCCCGAGUCCAAAGCACAUCUCGUCCAGGCGAAUCGCGCGCUCACGGGGAAGCAAGUGGCAUUUGAACAGGUUGAGGACGAUCCGGACUCGCCCGGGCUGAAAGACGGUUUCGACUGGUACAUGAGCCCCCAAGACAAGGCCAAGUACGAGUCGAUAUACCAAGAGAACCGGGAUGCGCGGGGCGAGGUAGCUUUCUCCGCUCUAGAGGACCUCUACGAAUCACUCGAUGUCCCCGACACCGACAUUCGCUCGGCGUGGAACCUUAUCAACCCCUCGGCCAGCCCCUCAAUCAACAAGGACGCAUGCCUUGCCUUCCUCCACAUCCUCAACAACCGCCACGAAGGGUUCCGUAUCCCGCGCACCGUCCCCGCCUCCCUCCGCGCCUCCUUCGAGCGCAAUAAGAUCGACUACCAGCUCGACAACCAGGCACCUGGUGCAUCUCGCUGGGCAACGAAGGCCGACGACUCGACGGCGACGGGCCGCAAGGCCAAGUUUGGCGACCAGUAUCUCACGCGCCUCGGCCGCAGCGGCUUCAAGUCGAGCGGCACCGACUUCUCGACGGCCAAGACGGACGACUGGGAGGAGGUCCGCCUCAAGAAGCAACUGCAGGAGCUCGACGAGAAGAUGGCUCGUGUCGAGGCCGACGUCGAGCGCAAGAAGGGUGGCAAGCGCGACAGCAAGCCCGCUCUCGUCAAACGCGAGCUCGAGCAGCUUCUCGACUACAAGCGCAAGGAGCUGCGCGAGCUCGAGGAGGGGGCCGGCAAGGCCAAGGGCGGUGCCAGCCUUAAGAGCGUGUCAGAUGACCUGCAGACGGUCAGGGAGCAGGUCGAGGGCCUCGAAACGCACCUCUCGUCGCGGCAGCACGUGCUUGAGCAGCUGCGGAGGGAGAUUGAGGACGAGAAGCUUAGCAGAUGA